UCAUUUUAAUUAAGCUUUUAUUUUGAAAGUUCGCACCGGAACUCCUACCCUGAUCUGUGUGACUUGACUGACAUUCUAGUUGCUAUGGUGCAACCUAUGGGUGCACCGUCCAUAGCAACCGAACCACUGAGAGGAACAAUUGAGAUUUUUUUUUUAAGUUUUUAAGAUGACUUCCAUGAAGACAGAAGCGUUACUUUGACUUAAAAAUGCAAGCCACGAAAGUUCUCAAGCCCAAACCAGUGGAGGCUACGAGCCAAACCCUCGAAAAAACCAAACCGGUGAAGGUGCGCACGGUUAACGGAGCACAAAGUCAGCUCACAGUCCCCGCUGUGCGUAAAAGCCGCGCGUCGAGCUGUCCGAGGUGUCCGCCGCGGGACAGGUGUGAGGGGCGCACCGGAGCGGAGGGUCCCGCCUUGAAAACGAGCUGUGGAAGGAGGGCCAGGUCCAGCUCCACCGCCCCCAAAACAACCACAAGAACAAACCCGGAGAGUCGGAGGGCGAGUCAGUCUGGGAAACAUGCGGCUGCUGGUAACCCAAAAUGCCGGGAGAUGACCGCCUGUCCGGGUCAGAGGGAGCAGCAGGGUGUCCGAGCGGAGACAAGAAGUCAGAGUCACAAAGCUUUCACCGUCAUCCCUCCGAACCCCAAGAAAAGAAGAGAGAUCCAGAGAAAGGCGGAGGCGGAGCUCGCCGCUUUAGAGGAGCUUCGGCUGAGCAGAGCAAUGGCGUACGUCUCCAUUGACCCCAGCAGUGUCGGUGGCUGUAUGAGUCUGGAGGAAGUACGGUUGAAGCAGCAGCAAGAAAUGAUGCAAGCCAAGAGGAAACCUAAACCGAUGAAGAAGCAGGUGAUGGAGGAAACAUCUGUCCUGAGAUGCUGAGCGUCGCCCCUCCUCCCGUCUCUGCCGGCAGCUCAACUCCUCGCUGUAGUUGUUUAACGUAAAGGUUUUAAAAUCACAUGUCUAAAUCUAAAAAAUGUAAAUGUAACAUGUAUAGAAACAUUAUUUGUAUACAAAGAAUGGCACUGUGAAGAUUUCAUACUGCAUUAUACGAUCCGUUUUGUGUACAGUUGUUUAGUAUGUCAUGUAAUGUGUAUUUUAUAUAUUAAAUUUAUGUCAA